AUGAUUCAAGCAUUAUCCAAAAUCGAUCCAAUUUAAUAGUAUUACGUCAAUGAUCAUUAUGUUCACUCCAUAUCAGCUAAAGAAUUUAGGACAAAUCAAUCAUAUUCACCAAAAGCAUUAAUUUAAGGCUAUUGGAAGAAGGAUUAUUAAACAUUAAUGACACUUAAUUGUUCAACUGAAGAAUAAAGAAUUAUUUUGCCUUAAAUUAGUGCUAAAUCAUAUUAAAUAAGCGAUACUAAAAUAGAAAAGGAAUCAUUUGAAACUACUAAUAGUUUUAACAAGAAUAUCUGCGCUGAUCUUAUAUUAUAAAAAUAUAAAAUAAAACCAGGAAAUGCCAAUAAUUAAUAAUAAAGGAAAGAAAAAGAAUAAUUUAAAUUACCUGGCAAACUUAUUAAAGGUAGUUUUCAGUAGUACAAUAAGAAUAUUGGAACUCGAGUUUAUAAAAAAUAUAACAACGAAUUGUCAAUUGAACGUUUAGAUAUCAAGCAAUAGCUCACUCCAAAACCAGCAAUUCAGUCUACUCCUCCUAGCAAUUGUUCAUUAGAUUGCUAAAUUAAUCAAAUCAAACCCUUAUUUGAAUUAUCGAAACCUAUUAAAAUUUAAUUUAAUAAACCAUUAACUCCUAAUCCUAUUCCAGAAUAAACUAUUAGAAAAGAAUUUAUCAACAAAGUUCAAUUAAAGCCUUUACUCAUUAGAACCAUCAAUUAACAGAUCUCUAAUCUAGUAAUACUGCAAUUUGAUGAAUUGCUUGGGUUUUGUGAGGGAAGUUACUAUGGUUUAUAAUUUGAUUUUGUCUAAAGUGAUCUUUAUUUUGAGUAUUAAAAUACAAAAGAGCAUUACUUCUAGAAAUUAUUGCAAAAUUAAUAAGUUUAUGUCUUAAAAAACCUAAAAGAAGCCUUAUUAUCCCUCUCUAAGAUAUAUCAAAUAAUAUUGAUUACUGAAAAUAUGCAAAAAUAAUUAGUUGAAUAUGUAAACUUGAAUAAAUUGCCUAUUAGUGCAAUAUAUUAGAUUAAAUCAUCUAAUGUAGCAUUUAUAGGAAUAAAAACAAUCGAUUGCUAUUAGAUUAUGAAAGAUAUUUAAAUUAAAAAACUAAAUAAGAUUGCUUUAAUUUAGACAUAUGAGUUAUUAUAUAAAUCAAAUGAUGCUAUUAAAUAAAUAUAGGAAUAAAACAUCUUAUACCCUUAUGAAAAUGAAACUCGUUCUGAUCAUUUUUUUAUUUUAAUGUUACCAAGUUUAUGUAUGCAGGGUCUCUUGAAAACAGAAUAAAACCAAUCUAAAUUAUUCUUGCAUUCUCUAUACUUUAUUGAACAUUUCUGUUAAUCAAUAUUGUUUGAUAAUUUUAAAGAUAACGGAGCUUAAAAAAUACAUUCAUUAUUAUUGCAAGAUCAUUAUAAAGAUUUAAUGGAUAAAAUCACAAUUAAAAUCUAGAAUAUUGAUUCAUUAAAACAAUAACCAUUAAUUUAGUAAUAGAGAUAUUCCAAAAAAGAAAUGAUUGCCAGAAUAUCUGAAAAAUUUGAAAAUCAAUAAAGGUUUUAAGAAUUGUCAUAAGAUCUUGUUUUAAGAAAUAAAAAAAUAAUAAAGAGAAUUAGUAGAUACAAAUAAGAGUAGUUGAAUGUUCUUUAAAUUGUGAAGGAUUAACUCAUAAAAGAACAUGAAUUACUACAUUAUUGUAAAAAAUUACUUGAUAAUUGUUAUUAUAUUCUAUUUUGA